AUGUUGCUGCUACAUAAAGCGAUUCUAUGGAUAUUUCUCGCCGGAGCCGGACCCAAUUGGAACCUGGCAACGGCAACUAUAGGCCAAGUUCAAGUCAAAUUUCCAGUAAAGGAUGUGCACGGAAUAAUAUCGGAUAUAACCGAUUUCAUGCACGGACAGCCAAGUCAUCAGAGGAAAAAGGGACGCCCUCAUAAGGAACAAUAUUGGCCACAAUCCUACGAAUAUUAUUAUCCCUACGAGUCUAUGUAUUGGCCACCUUACUAUUAUUACGCUCCGUAUGGAUACCCAUGGCCAACUAAGCCACCCGCUGAACCUUCAACUGAGCCACCUUGUCAACCAACAACUGAACCACCUACAAAACCUACUACUAUGGAGACUCCAACCGAGACGACAACUGUACCAGUUACUACUGAGCCUGCAACGGAGACUACAAUAACUGAGGCUACAACAACCUUGGCUACAACAACUGUGGCAACAACUACGGCUGCUAAUACCGAAACUACAACAGUAGCAAGUGUAGUGACCACCGAGGCCACUACUGAAUCCCCAACCACAGAGGCGCCCACCACCGAGGAGUCUCCGGAAACCACCACAACUCCGCCUGCACGUGAUCUCUGCGCAAUUUAUCAAUAUCUUCCCGAAUGCCGGGGAUCCAAAUGGACUAAUGUGAAGAAAAAUACUAUCAAAGCCCCAAAACCAAGCCCCGUGUUGCAGACAGAUCAGAAGCUCUCGGUUGAUACCAUGCCGCACUCCAUGACGUCUCUUUGUUUCUACUACCCCCGUUUAUGCAUGAGACCCGAAGAAGCUCAAUUCGUGCGAUUAACAGAUGCAAAUGGGAAACCAUUACUUUUAAUAUCACCUGUGGAAGGGAAAUCGCCACAUUCCUCGGACCAAGCUGGGUUUCGCCUAAAGACAGGUGGACAUACUUAG